AUGUGUCUUCCAAAGGAGCAGGGUGGGUUAGGAUUUAAACAUCUUUAUGCUCAUAACUUAGCCAUGUUAUCAAAACAAGGGUGGAGGUUUUUGUCCAACCCUACAUUGCUUGUAGCUCGAGUAUUUAAGGCUGUCUACUACCCUAAUGGUUCGUUUCUUACAGCUGAUUUGGGUGAUAGACCAUCCUAUUCUUGGCGAAGUAUUCUGGAAGCCAGAUCAACGUUACAAGUUAGUAUUUUUCGGAGGAUUGGCAAUGGAACCUCUGUUAAUAUAUGGACAGAUGAAUGGAUUCUUAAUGUUGCAGCCCACUCAAUAUCUAGACUGUCCGAAACUGUUUUUGAAUAUGUUGCUGACUUGCUCGAUCCUAGUACUGGAUCAUGGGACAAUGUUGCAGUUCAUGCAUGUUUUGUACCUGAUAUUGCCACACAUAUUUUGACUAUUCCCUUAAGUAGACGCUUUAGGGUAGAUAAGAUUGCUUGGAAGUUUGACAAGAAAGGUUGGUUUUCGGUUAAAUAUGCGUACAAGGUGGCUCGUGCUUUUUCCAUUGGCCACAUUUUUGCUUCAACAUCCAAUGGAGAUCCGUAUGCUCAGCUUUGGAAGGCUUUGUGGAAGGCCAAAGUUCCCAACAAGGUGGCCAUUUUUGGAUGGCGUGCUGCUCAUAAUCUUCUUCCUACUAGAGUGGCUUUGACAGCGAAGGCGUAUACCGGUGAGACUAGCUCUUGCCUUGUGGCAAAUGCUUUAGCUUGGUAUGAGGAAUUUCUACAAGCAAACAUAUGUGGGAAUCCUUCUCAAGGUCGUCAUCAGUUGAGUAAGAAGUGGGAACCCCCUGUUGGGGAUGUUUUGAAAUUGAACGUCGAUGAAGCCUAUUUACUUCAAGUUCCCUAUGGGGGUACAGGGGGUGUGCUUCGAAAUAUGCAAGGUUCUCCUCUUCACUCCGAGCUGAUGGCUUUGAAGCAAGGUGUGCAAUUCUUACACUCCAUGCGCGUAACGAGUGCAGUGAUCGAAAGUGAUUGCCAGGUAGCAGUAGUAGCUCUCACCAGUGAGCAGGUUGAUCUCUCUCAAGUCAAUGCUUUAAUUGCUGAAGUUAAGGACCUGUUAACUCCAAACGCAGGUAUUCGUAUUCAAUUUGUUCCCAGGCAGGCUAAUAAUGUCGCUCAUAGGCUUGCUAGUCAUGGUUUUGAGUCUAAUGUUAAUCAUGAGUGGUUUGUAAAUACUCCAGAACUUCUCCUGGAUGCCCUUAUGUACGAUCUCAAUCGUAUUCAUUAA